CUGCUGCUGGUGUCUGACAGCUUGCAAACUUAACUGGUUUGCUUCGUGGCGCGGUAAAUAGCAGACAGCUAAUGUAGCUAACAGCUAACUGACAAUUGUUAUCUUAAUGAGCGUAUUUAGCAAACAGCUAAUGUAGCUAACAGUUAAGUAAACGAUGUCAGUGAGUGCAGUUAGCACACAGGUAAUGGAUCUAACUAAACAUUUUAGUGACUAGUUAGCAGCCAGCUCACUUUUUUUCUACUUUCAAAAAUAAGUGACAAACUCUCAGCUAUAGAAACGUUUUGAACUUGACUAUGAGAAAGGAAGUGAUGCCAUGCUCUGUGGUGGCUGUAUGGCAGUAUGUGUCCGAGUUGUCAACUCAUUUAAGUUGUGCAUUUGAUUUAAGUGCAGUCAUCAAAGGAAAGUGUCCAACAUCUCGUUGUGGUGAGUUCAGGUGUUGCUGAUCAUGACCUGUCAUGUUUGUGUGCUGAAUGUAUAGCUCCCAUUAAAAAAAAAAAAAAACACACUGAACUGGCAGAAAAUAAAACAGAAGAAUCAGUAGAGUUUGUCAUAAAUGUUAAAUCGGAAUUAAAGGUCAGAACAAAAGACACUGUAGAACUUGCCGAAGAAUCCUAAGGACUUAAAGUUUGCUUCAGUGUCACAGUAAUUCAGUGAUAGUUGUUUGCAUAAUCAUGGAUACACUACAAACAGGAAAUGAUAUUAGAUAAUUUGGCAUUCUUGGUGUUUGGAUAGGAGGUGGGACCACAGUGUCAGAAAACCUGUGAAAAUCCCUGAUUUAUAGAAAAGAAAUAAUGUUGAAUGCGGUUCUGGCUUCAGUUGGUCCUGAUGUAAAAUCCCUCCCCACUAGCACACACACCUACACUGAUUCCUGUGUCAGUGAAAGUGUGGUUCAAGCGUUGCAUUUGAUCUGUGCAGCGUCAUUGAGGACUGGGAUGAAACGGCUGACCUUGUGGUGAGAGGGAGGGCUGACAGACACAGACAAGCUGGGUGCUUUCCAAAAAUGUUCCCACUUUGUAUGUAAAAAGAAAAAAAAAAAGCUCUGCAUUGAAAUUAUUGGAAUAUGUUAUUGGAUUAAUUGUGGAUUAUAACUUAAAUUUUACUUACAAAGACGCUUUACAAAGUGCUCCUGUUCAAGGUGACCAUCUCAUCAAACUGGUCAAGAUGUUACCAACAGUGUUCUUAAGUUGUCAAGACAAACAAUGGCGACUUGGAAGAAUCUAAAAUAUGAAACACAUUUUGCUGUUAUCUUACUUACUGUGUAAUUCCAUAUUUGUUGAUCCAUAGUGCUGCUGUCUUCACUUUUAAUCUGCGAAGCAUAACAUAAUAGGAAAAGAAAAACCAUCCGGUCAUGGGGUGUGUCCAAAUUGUGAUGGUUUGUAAAGGGUUGUAACAUUAGGUUUCAGUAGUGUAUCUUUUCACAAAAGUCAAGAAAGAAAGAACUGAAGGGAGAAGGGAGGGAAGAAGUGGCCAAGGGAUAGAAGGAAGGAAAAAGAAGAAGGAAAGACAACAAAUUUGGAGAAGGAUAAAAAGGAGGAAAGGUAAGAAAAGACAUCAUCCUUCUUUAUUUUCCCCUUUCCUGCCUGCCCUUUCCUUUCUUGUCUCCUCGCCUUCCCUCUGAGUCACAGAGCUGGGAGGAGACCCAAUGAGACAGAGGCUGAGUGAGGAGAAGAGAGAGAGUGUGAGUCCGUCCCCCUGUGGUGAAAACCUCGGCGCUUCUGAACAACAGAGGAAAACUCUCCCUCUCUCCUCAGGAUCUCUGCAGCUCUGGACUUUUUCCCUCAUUCCAUUCAUCACUUUUGAGAUUUUUUUUCUUCUUCUGUUGAUUUUUUCUUUUUUGUGACGCCUCCACAUCUUCCAGCCAUCUGUCCCCCGACACAAAAAGAAGAGGAGGAGGAUAACUCAUUUUUUCUUUCUUUUCGUUUACAGCCCCCCCACCCCCCGUCCCUGACUAUGGCUUUUUCACAGGUGGACUGAGCUGAACUUUGGAAAAACUUCUGAGACAAAAGGAGGAAGGAGAAGGUGACAACCUUUUUUUUUUUCUUCUUUUUUGCACUUUUUUCUGCAGAUCAGGAUCAGACCACUAUGAUGUUCUUGCUCCUCCUGGUGCUGGUCCAGGUUUGGGGGUCCAGACUCCAAGCGUCCAUUCACCCAGACUCUAGCUGCCCCACCUGUGCCCUGGCCAUGGUGGAUCCUGUAACCUCCACCUCCAGAGUGGAGGAUGAGGAUGUGGUGGAGGCAGUGAAGCGGCACAUCCUGGACAUGCUGCACCUGCCAGCGCCACCCAAUGUGACGCGUCCAGUGCCGCGUGCUGCUCUUCUCAAUGCCCUGCGAAAGCUGCACGUGGGGCAGGUGGCAGCUGAUGGCAGUGUGCAUAUAGAUGGUGGCGGAGGAGAUGAAGGGGAGCAGGAGACAACAGAGAUCAUCACCUUCGCUGAGGCAGGAGAGUCUCCAGGUGUGGUAGACUUCAUUCUGUCUAAGGAUGGCACUGAUGCAUCUCUGGUGGAGCAGGCCAACAUCUGGCUCUUCCUCAAAUUGUCCAAGACCAACCGCAGCCAAGUCAAAGUCACCCUUCAGCUUUUCCAGAAGAAACAUCGACACCACCGCCCAAUUUCACCACAGGACGAUGAUGACAUGCUCCUGGUGGAGAAAUUAGUGGAUACCCGGCACAGUGGGUGGCACAUCUUCCCCAUCUCAGCAGUGGUGCAGGCGCUGUUGCUGAAGAGUGGCAGGAACAUCACACUGAGCUUCCAGGUAUCCUGCCCUCUUUGCUCCCAUGCUGGCGCCACUCCCAUGCUGGUCUCGCAUAGCUCAGAGCACACAGCCAACCAGCGUGAGCAGUCCCACCGGCCCUUCCUAGUGGUCAUUUUACGGGAGGGGGAGGCAGCAGCGCGGCGGCGCAGGAAGCGUGGGCUAGAGUGUGAUGGUAAAGUGCGAGUGUGCUGCAAACGGCAGUUCUAUGUCAAUUUUAAAGACAUCGGCUGGAAUGACUGGAUCAUCGCACCACCUGGCUACCAUGCCAACUAUUGUGAGGGCGAGUGCCCAUUGCAUGUGGCAGGCAUUGCUGGCUCCACACUGUCCUUCCACUCCACCAUCAUUGGACACUACCGCAUGAGGGGCUACAGCCCCUUCCAGAACCUGCGCUCAUGCUGCGUCCCCACUCGGCUACGAGCCAUGUCCAUGCUCUACUACAAUGAGGAGCAGAAGAUCAUUAAGAAGGACAUCCAGAAUAUGAUCGUGGAGGAGUGUGGGUGCUCAUAGAGAACCUGAUCUGGAUAGGUAGUCCAGAACUAAAUGGACUGGGGCCUCUUUGGACUCAGACUCUCUGGACUUCAGCUCUCUAGAGGACUGGGAUUAUUUGGAGAGAGCGAGUCUCAACGUCAGCACUUUCCGAAGAAAAAUAAAAUAUGGGAUUUAAAAAUGUGCCUAAUAUAUUUUUCUACAAACAUGUGGAUUUAUUUAUGUGGGUGAGAUGUUCUGCUCUGUCCUCAGAGGUGCCUGAAAACAAACAAACACAAACACUUAUCCCAAAUCUAUGCAACUUGUAUCUUAUGGUAUUGUUUUUGUUUACUUUUUCUGAAUUUGUGUUGUUGUUGCAAGAUACUUGAAAGAGUAAACUUAGCUGCUGGAAUCAAACACUUCUAUAAAUGAUGAUGUUAUAAUUGUCUCUAAGCGUAUUAAUAAUAUUAUUGUUGUCAAUAUUUUAUUUGUGUUAUGAUAAUGAAAUAUAUUUUGCACUAUUAGCAAUGCACAUGUUCAGGUUCACUUAAAUUAGCUUGUCUGAAAUACUAACAUUUAAAUGUAUCUAUCAAAAUGCUGAAGGAAAAAUAUAAAAUGCCCGUCAUAUGCAAAUUUUCUAAAUUGUAAGAAAUUGUCCUUAUCACUAAAUCACACAAUACUAAAAAUCUUUACAUUAAAAAUAUCUAAAUGUCAUCAUAUAGGAGCUGCGGGUUACACUUCAGCUGUCGAGGCUUCAGAUUGGAUAAAAGCAUGUUGGUGAAAUUUAGCAACAGCUGGUCAGUUGCUAGCAACUGUAGAACUAAAAUUCUACAUUUUGGGGAGCUACAGCACAAUAGGAAAACAAGAUGUCACAACUACCUAUAAAAGUCUUUGUUUCUGCUAUCUUAAAUAUCAAGUUACAGCUAGCCUUGCUAAUCUUCAACAAAAACCAAAAAUACAAAGUACAAGCACCCUUAAAAAUUAAAUGUUUGCUUAUAUACUGUAUGUUAACCGCUAACUAGCUAACUGAAGGAGGAUUAGCUUAAAAAAUGUAAGCUAUGUUAUGAACAAAAAUGCUUUAAAUCAAGAUGUAGAGCUAUCAUAAGGAGUUUCAAAUAUUUGUGCUUUUGUUCUUGACAAGUAAUUAAAUCAAUUAGCAAAGUUAUGAUAGCAUAGUUAGCAAAAAUACAGAAAUUUUAAAUUAUAAAGGUGAUCUGAAAAUGACAACUCAACAGUGGUUUUUGUUUUUGGGUAAAAGAAAACAAAUGCCAUCUGGUCAGAUUUCUGAAUUCAGAUUUUGUACAGUUACGUGGUCAUAUUGGUUUUGUCUUAAAAUAUUUUUGAUUAUCUCAAUUUUGUCACUGCAAACUAAACAAACAAAGAAUAAA